AACGAGUGCGCGAAAACGAGGAGGCCAUGGGGGGCGCGCCGAGGAUCGCGCGGGCACCGAAGGCAUCUGGCACGCAGGCCCGGGCGACCAGCUCCAGUCAAUCAGUGGCCCGGCCGCCGCGCUCGCGUGCUAGUUUGGUUGUCAGCCCGCGCGCACGGUCCCGCCAAGGCGCAGCCGCCUGCGCCCCCAGAUAGCGGGGUAGAUCGAACGAGAGGGCCGGGGCGCGUCGUUUCAUUCUCGCCCCGCCCGCGUGGCGCCGCCGCCCGGCGUUUUUGUGCCUGCGGUGGAUGGAAGGCAGGGGCCCCGCCAUGUUUUCGGAGCCCCGCCCCGGAUGGGUGUGGGCCUCUUGUCCCCUGCGUCGGCCCCUCCGCUGAUUUUCGCAGCCCCUAUUCGUGUUGGCUAGAGGCCUGCCCGCGCCCGUAGCCUAUCAACCUAUGGUAGGCAGCAGGCGGGCCGCGCUUCGCCCCUGGCAGGCUGCAGUCUGGUUACCAGCAGGGGCGCGGGGCGGCGCGCCGGGUGGUUCGCGCAGCCAGGCAAAUUAAUAGCCGUCGCCCAAUCUGCCGGCCAGGCGGCCGCCCGUUGUCGGCCGGGGCAGUCGAGGCCCGCCCCGCCCGAAUGCGCCCGAGCUCUUCGGCAAUUGCAAUGACGUGCUGAGUUAAGUAGCUGGCCCAAUUGCAUUCGUAGUGGUUGUGGAUUGUUCCGGGCGUGAGCUCGACCUCUUCGACAAAUCAUUUGUUUCCUUGGGCAGGGGCCCUAGCCCAAGGACCGAAGCCAU